AAAUCAAAAUAGAUUAAAUUAUAGACAAAUAUGCUACGAAAAUCAAAGAAACAGUCACAAACAGUGGCGGAUAAAGUCAACCAACUGCUGGCGCAUCCCAAUGGCAGCGAUUCGGAGGAAGACUCGGACUUUGAUGCGGCCACUGGGCCGCGCGUCGUGGAUUUCGAGCAAGACGAAUACGAUCUGCCCGAUGGCCGGAGCACGGACAUACGCAAGCGGAAUGUGAAGCUGCUGUCGGAGCAGAGUGAGCGCUACAAGGGAAAGAUCAGCAGUCGGAAGGAACUGGAGGCGGUGGAGGAGGAUGACCAGAGCGAGGAGGAUGUGCCCUAUGAAGACAGCGAUAGCGAUGAAGAGAAUGAUGCUUUGGCUGCCUUUAAUCAGAAAUUGAAAGCGAAAACUGGAAAAUUAGCUAAAGACGAUGAUAACGAUGAUGGUGAAAGUGAUGGAGAGGAUGAUGAUGAUAAUGAAGAUGCACUGUCCUCCUUUAAUCAGAAGCUUAGAUCUGGAACCGAAGAAGCAGUGGAUAGUGCAGAAGAGGAUGAUGAAGAUUUCGACGACGAGGAGGACGACGAUGAUGAAGACGACGAUGUAGAUGAUGACGACGAAGACGAAGACGAUGAAGAGGCUGAUGAUAGCAUCAAACCCUCUGAUGUCAUGUCCAAAUCGAAUCCGCAAGCUGAAAUCCAAAAAGGUCUCUGCGUCCAGAACCAACUGCGCAUCUGGGAACGUCUCCUCGAGCUGCGUAUCAACACGCAAAAGGUCACCAGCAAAGCGAAUCAGCUUCCUCCGCCCGAGACCCUAAAAACCGUUGGCUCCGAAAACGAGGAACUCCAGUCGGUGCUGAGCGAGGCCCGGGAACGCUCCUCGAAACUCCUGCAGCAACUGCUGGCCCUCCAAUCGGCGCUCAUUCAACAGAACUCGGAGACAAGGAUAUCGGUCAAGCGAAAGACAGUGUCAUCGGAGGACACAGAACCACCAUUGAAGGUCUUUGCGAAUGUCCUGCAAAGCAACUUCGAGAACAUGUCGGGCUACCGCAAUGAAGUGUUGCUCAAGUGGGACGAUCGCACGAAACUCUUGACGCCAGGAGCGGGUCUGAAGCGAAAGUCGCUGCAGGAGGACUACGACAUCAUCAAGAAGAUCGACAGUGCGUUGGCCAAUCGUGAGGCACUUGUUGAGAAAUCCCAGACGCUGAAGAGCAACAUCCAGCCAGAGAAGCAGCAGCAAGAAAAUGAACCACCGCAGCGGCAGGCCCAUGUCUACGACGACAGCGACUUCUACCAUCAGCAACUGCGCGAAUUGAUUGAAUACAAGGCCAGCACCUCAUCGAACAUGAGUGAGAUCACCAAACAGUUCGUGGAGCUGCAGAAGUUGCGUCAGAAGAUGAAGAAAAAGGUGGACACCAGAGCCAGCAAAGGGCGCAAGUUGCGCUAUGUGGUGCACAAUAAGCUCACAAAUUUCAUGGCUCCGAACGAGGCUAGCGAGUGGACGGAAAGCUCCAAGUCCGAGCUGUAUAAAUCGUUGUUUGUCUAGAAAAAUAUGUGUAAAUUUUCUAUAGAUUCUACAAAUUCUUUCCAUUUAAAAGAAAAGCAAUCAAAAACUUUGCUCUACGCUGGAUAAGAAAUAACACGGCCUCACCGAGAAACAAAGUAAUCUUCAAUAUAACAGGGGAAAAUGUUCUCGUUUUCUGCAAUAGCGAAACCGAACAAACAAACCUGUAUGAAAUAUUUGUAUACAAAUUAAAUAUCUAGGAAUAAAACUUGUACAAACUCGUU